CCCGCGCGCUCCCCGGCCGACCGGCCCCGGGGCGCUCCGCGCGGCGCUUGUGCGCGCGCGCGGCGCGCACGCGAUGGCGCUCCUCCCGAGGCUGCCCCUCCUGGGCGAUCGCGAGGAGCAUGGGCCAGCGUCGUGCCGCGGCGCGGGGCGGCAGCCGCUGGGCACGCCCAGCCAAGGGUCGUCACUGAGCACGGCGGCUUCCAGGAGAAACGAGCGCCUUGCACCGGUGCGUGGUGCCGCAGGGCAGAAGCUCGGCGCCGAGGAGUUCCCGCAGAAGGGGGCGAUGUCCGCGAGGGCGGCACCGGCGUAUCCGAAGAGCACCGGCUGGGGCCCCAGCGGCGGUCCGUCGGCCAUGCGGCGGCAGUCGGGGCUCCGAGCUGCCGGCGCAGCCAGCAUCGUGAGGCAGUGGGCCUCGGCCUCGGCCAGGGGCAAGGCGGACCGGGGGGCCCUCGCGGCCCCGAGCCCGGUCUCGCCCUACCGCGGCGUCGACGAGGGCAGAGCAGCCUCGGCGCGGGCGAGGCACCCUGCCCAGGCACCCCUCGGUUUCCUGGUGGAGCCGCCGGAGGUGCCCCGGCAGGACCACGAGGGCAGCGGGCCCUCGUCGAACGCCAGUUGCCUGCUGAAGCCCAGCAGCGCCCUGCUCUGGCCGGCGCCAGGCUGUGCCCUGCCGGAGCCACUGCUGGAGACGCCACCGCCGCGGCCCGAGGCCUCGAAGGACAACUUCAAGGGCUCCGUGUCCUGGUUCCUCUCCAGGAGCGACGAAGCGACGGAGCUCUUCAGCGAGUCCGUGUCGCGGGCUGGGUCCAAGCGCGCGAAUUCCAAGACGGGAUCCGCGCCCGGAGCGCUGCUGGCGCCCCGAGGGGCGGCCAAGGCGGACCCGCUGGUGGCCAGGCUGGGCCGGGACGUGGGCAAGCUGGCGGGCGAGCAGUUCUGCAAGACGCUCGCCAAAGAGCUCAAUGCUUGCCAGGACGAGCACGAGGUGGACAAGCUGUGCAGACUCGUGCAAAAGGUCACCAACGCCAGCUCGGCCGACACCUUCAGCACCACCGGCGCGCUCGCCUACCGCUUCCGCGAGGCCUUGCGGCCUUUGCGCGAGAGCUCGGUGGGCGCGUCCCUGGGGUACUCGGAGCGCCUCUGGGUGAACAGGGCGAUCGAGAAGCGGGUGCAGCGGAGGCGCGAUCAGAUCGCGAACGGCGAGGUGGACAGGGCGGAGACCUCCAGCGCGCCCCGGCCCGCGCGCGCCAGCGGCCGGCGGGCGUCGCGCGUCACCUGGCAGGGCACGGGGCUCGCCGAGGGCGGGCAGGCCUGCGGUGCGGGGGCGGAGGCCGAGAGCGGCGAGGCCUCGCCGCGAGAGGCCGCGGAGGCGGCGUGGCAGGAGGGCGCCGCAGAGGCGAGCUCCCCGGGCUCCCGCCGAGGCUCCGACGACUCGGGCUCGGACCGCGAGGGGGGAGGGAGCGCCUCGCGGUCGACCCGGUGCCGACGACGUCGGAGCCGCCGGAGCCGGAGCAGCAUCCUCGGCGCCCUCGCCGCCCACUUUGUGACGGAGAGCGAGGAGUUCACGGACGACGAGGCCUCGAAGGCGUACCUGACCAGCACCUUCAAGUUGGGCCCGCUGAAGGGCGUGGAGGCGUUCCGAAUCUGGAGGAAGGUGUUCGAGGCCCUGAAGGUGGACGGCGAAGUGCACCAUACGGACCUCACGCGAGCGCUCCAGAUGGCCGGCUUCCAGGCGCCGGACCAGGCGUGCGUCUGCGCGGCCAAGGAGAGCGUGACCCACUGGUCCACCCUCACCAAGGCGCAGUUCAACGAGUUCGCGGUCGCCUUCGAGAGGGAGAACGAGAAGCUGCAGGAUGCAAUGUUCGCCAAGUUCGACAUCGACGGCUCAGGCCAGAUAGACAGGGGCGAGCUGGAGAGCCUCUUGGAGAACUUCGGCAUCGUCCCGAUGCGGCAUAUUCUGGACGAGGUUCUGAACGAGGUCGACGAGGACGGCUCUGGCAACGUUGGCCUGGACGAGUUCAGGAAGGUAUUCGAGAUUCUGCGCAUGCGUGAGGGCUUCUCAAAAGAGGAGUUCAGCGAACUGACCGAACUGUUCGAUAAGUUGGACCUCGAUGGUUCUGGCGAGAUGGACAUUCGAGAGUUGACGGUCCUGCUCGGGUACCUCGAUUACAAUCUAGGCACGAACGAGCGGGACGUCAUAGUGAAAGAAGUCGACACCGACGGGAGCGGAGAAUUGUGUGAGGUCGAGUUCUUGCUCUUCAUGAGGAGGUGCCGCCAGAUUGAGAUGAGGAAGCUGACGGACGCCUUCAAGAAACUUGUCCCUGAAGCGGACGGGGUGGUCUGCUUCCACCACAUGAUCGACACUUUCACGGAGAUGGGCUACGAGGUUGACGUAGACGCCACCUGGGAGGCUGCCCAGAGUGCCGGCGUCACCAGCAAGGAGGCCCGCCUGGAUAGCAGCGACUUCUGGAAGGUGCUCACAGAGUGCCGGGCGCGCGAGUGGUUCACCAGUCAGGAGUUGCAGCAGAUCGGCGACAUAUUCGAGCAGGUCGACGUGGGAGGAAGUGGCGAGGUGGACAUCGUCCAGGUAGACAAGGCCCUCCUGGGGCUUGGGCUGUCGCUUAGGACCGAGCUGUUCCUGUACCUCGUCGGCAAGGUCGACCUGGACAACUCUGGGAUGCUGAACCUGAUGGAGUUCCGAAAGCUGGUCAGGAUGUACCGCAACGGGCAGGCAGAGCUGGUGCGAACGACCUUCGUGGAAUUCGCGGACCAGAACAGCCGCUGGCUCAGCGUCGCCGACUCCUGGAAGGCCUUCAACAGCCUCGGGCUCGUGAAGGACAGCAUCAAGAGCUUCCACGAAGUCCAGGCUCUGGGCCCCCUGGACCUGCGAGCCUUCCUGCGGGCCGCCCGCAGCUUCGAGCGGGGGCAGGAGCUGUACCGGGAGCAGAACAGCGGCUUCGGCGAGCAGGCGGUGCACGACCUCGAGCUGCGCUUCCGGAAGUUCGACGCCGACGGCAGCGGGGCCCUGGAGAGCCGGGAGCUCGUGCCCCUCGUCGAGGAGGUGCUGCCAGGCGUGGCAACCUUGCCCGAGAACAGGGCGAGGGUCAUGAAGAUGAUGGCGGAGGCCCAAGGGGGUGCUUCAACCGAAAGCGAGUACCUUGCGCAAGUCGAGCUGAAAUCGUACAACCGCACCUUCACCCACGCCAAUUCGACUCAGAUCGAGCUGAAUUUCCAGCAGUUUUUGAAGUUGCUUUCGCUCAUACGCGGCUUCAAGCUCGAACGGCUCUACAAAGAGGAGCAAAGAGUCAUCGAGGAGUGCAGCCUGACUGGCACGGAGGUCCAACAGCUGCGCGAGCUUUUCCUGGAGAGCGCCUCUGGCGACGGCUGCAUGACGACGAAGGACCUCUGGCUCCUCUUCCGGAACAUCUGCCCGCUCGGCGACAGGA